AAGAAAAACACUCGGCAAAUGUGCCCUUUGCCGACGUUUGUUUGCCAUGAGAACACACGGCAAACAUUUUGCCGUGGGGAAAAUAGCCUUUGCCGCAAACGAACUGUAUCCGGUAGUGAUUGGUGAGUCUACGUGCGCGGGCAGUCCAGCGGGCGAUGUUCGCGACGGCGGCGCGGUGGGCGGCGAAGAAGGGGAAGCCGAAGAUGGCGCCGAUCGAGCUGACGGCGCCGCCGGAGCAGGUACAGUCCAUCACGCGCGCAAUCUUCGAUGUCGUCAGGGAGCACGGGCCGCUCACCAUCUCCGACGUUUGGGACCAUGUCAAGGAUGUUGGCCUUAUGGGACUGACGAGCAAGCGGCAGAUGAAGAUCAUGCUGCGGUGGAUGAGGGAGCGCCAGAAGCUCAGGCUCAUCUGCGACCACGACGGCCCGCACAAGCAGUUCCUCUACACCACCUGGUUCACCAACCCCAAGAACGCGCCGCAGAGGCCCAAGGGGGAGCUCAAGGCCAAACCCGAGAAGCUCCCCCCUUCCCCUCCCAAGCAGCCAUGAUACACGACCAGGUUCCCGUCCGCAAUGUUCUUACACUUGUUUCUGCUGUCCUGGCAUAAAAUGUUCAGAGUUCAGCGUGGAGACAGAUGCUGAAUAUUUUGACACGAACAUUAUAACUUUCUUGUGCGCUUAUGGCUAUAUUGUUCGAGCAACCUCCAUUACUUAACAACCAGCGGUCUACCAAGCCAUGACUAGUUGUGUGCCUUCUAAGUUUCUUACAAUCAAGGGUCAUUUCCUGGUUAAUCAGCAUCCUUUCUCUAGCAUGCAAUAAAAGUGAAGAACCAUGCAACUUGGUUCAACA